UGAAGAGCUCACGAGAGAUCGUGGACACUCUCACAAUUGUGCAGCAGAAUCGAACGCAAGAUGGAGUCUAACAUCGAGGAGACUACACUGUCCACCAUAUCGCUUCUAGAAGAACGACUCUUGCGAAUUGAGCAUCUCCUGUACGGAAGCUUGAACACCCCAUCAGCAACCUCGGCCGUUCGCAGCCUACACGAUCUUGAACAUCGCUUCUCCAAACUCCUACAGCAUAUCCGCGUGUAUGGAGAGCUUUUGAAGCUAUAUAAAUCCAACCCAACUCUAUUCCAACCGCCCCCAGCCUCUCAACCUCCGCCAGAAUUGUCCUCGGAAGCCCUACGCGCCAUUGUCCUUUCCGCAGCAUCUUCGUUUCCAGCUACAGCUUCGGCACUAACCGCAAUAUCCGACACACCUGUCCCCGAUCCAGCACAUAGCGCCGAACUGGCCGCCCUGCUCCCACGCAUGAAAGGCAUUGAAGCGACACAGCUAGCGCAGGCUGCCGAGAUCGCAGAACUCCGGGCGCGUAGCGAGGCGGCCGUUCGUCAGUGGUACGAACACGAUGUCAUGGGAUAUUCCGACUUUAUAGCUGGUGUUGAAGGGCGUAUCGAGAGGGCCGAGCGGGCCACGAGAAGAGUCGAGAAGGCUCGAGAUGAGAUCUGACGCUGUCUCAUCAAAGAUUCAUUGCCAUAUUCAAGAGCGACUCACCAUCUAAAAACCAGCACAGCAUACAUUUUCAACCAAAAUUACUUGUACGGUCAUCUAUCUGCAUUCGCCUCAGACACAAACACAGCAACGUU